AUGUCAUCAGAGGCCGCCUGGCGGAUACAGGAACGAGGGCUUAGGGCACAAACACACGCAAACAAGAGCUUGAUGCUCGAGAAGGAGGACCCUUCAGUCGUGGGCAUGGAGAAGGCCACGUUUCCUGCCAAAGUGGCCACCGAAAAGAACGAACCCGCUGCGAGCGCCGCCAGUGCUGCGGGCCGCUCCAGCCGGUCGUCUCCGUCCACCGUGGACGUGGCCUCGCCAACGAACGGGCCCAACAGCACCGUACCCCCACCAAGAAGUCCCAGUGAACCGGAUUCUAGCCCGGGUCAAACCGUUCUGCCGGAAGCACCGACGAUCAUGGCCGGACACACGGUCCAGACAGCGACGGGUCCGACGACCACCGCCGCAACACCGACCGCAACACCGGUCCUUGCCUGGUCGCCGCUACUUUUUCCACCCUGGAACACGGCCCUGCUUCCGGCCGCGUUCUAUCCCGCCCUUCGAUCUCUGCCAGGAUUUCUUGACAGUAUGAAACUGCCCCAGUCCCAACGAACCGCUAGCACCGGUGCCGGUUUCCGGAUUUGCAACCUGCUCGAGUUGGACAACGACAAAAAGCAGCAACAGAGCAAGAAGCGAAAGAACUCCACCUCACUCGAUGACCCGGCCGUGCACAGGUCCCGAGAGCACGACGGCGACGAGGAGGACGGAGACGAUGAGGACGAUUCCGGAGCCACCGAAAAUGGCUGCCCCGAUGGGUCGCUGCGGCGGAGGAGCGGCACAACGCUGUCACAGGAGGACACCAGCAGUAAUCCGGAUGCGGAUCUGCAUGGAAGUGCGGGAAAUAGUGACGACGAUAGUAGGUCUGAAAGCCGCCCGGUUGGUGGGCGGCUGGGGAGUUCCCGGGGGCGAGGUCAAGACGAUCGUACCAGCCCAUCGGCAACUAGUGGCGAUGAGGGUAGCAAACCGACACCCCAUCCUAUGAGGGCGUCAACGCUGGCGGAGGAUUUACACGCACGCUUCGGUUACCCGGCACUACAUCCUGUGUCUCAUCUGACGCACCAUCACCAUUCACAUCAUAAUCACCUCCACCAUCAUCCCGGGCAGUUGCACCAUGCGCAUCACCCGCUGACGGCGACAACACCACCGAACUCGCACCAUCCACAUGUUUUGUUCGGAGCCACUGGGAGAGCCUGGCCGUACGAUAGCUGCAAUACACUUAAUGCAUGCCAUCAACAAGCGGCCCAGCAAGCCCACCAGCGGUUGUUCGCACAGCAGGUUAGCCCAGCUGAUAGCACCUCACCGGUGCACUCGGAGCGGUCCUACAUCGGAAGUGCGGGACUCCCGACGCUCACGUCAGCCGGAACACCCGGUGCUGGCGACCUUCACUCGACACCCUCGUCCGCUCAUCUCGCCUCGGUCCGGUCCGGUUCCGGCAUGCGAACGCCCAGCCCGUCGGAGGACUCGGAGCGAGACGACCAUCACCAUCCGCACCAUCACCACAACCACCACCUGCACGGCGACACGCACACGGAAAACUCGGACGACGUGGACAUCGAGGAGGGCUGCGAUGACGAGAUGAUCGACAUGAUCGACGACACCGACGACGGAGGGCUACCGUCGGAGCGAGGUCAUCCCGGUGGAAACGGCUCGAUCGGGCACAAGAAGCGCAAACGGCGUGUCCUCUUCUCGAAGGCACAGACGUACGAGCUCGAACGGCGGUUCCGCCAGCAGCGCUACCUGUCCGCACCGGAGCGGGAACAUCUGGCCUCGUUGAUUCGCCUCACGCCGACGCAGGUUAAGAUCUGGUUCCAGAACCAUCGCUACAAGACGAAGCGUGCCGCCCACGAGAAGGGCGCCAUGGACCACCACCAUGGUGGUGGCGGCGGCAAUGGCGGGGGGCACGGUGGCGGUGGCCUUCCCUCGCCACGCCGGGUCGCCGUUCCGGUGCUGGUGCGCGACGGAAAACCUUGCCUCGGCGGUGGAAAGCAGGCACAUGACCUUCUAUCGGCAGUUCCGGCGGCCGCUCACCUGCAGCUUCCGCCCGGGUUCCAGCACGCAAGCCUACUUCACCAUGCGGCCGCGGCCGCCGGACGAUGGUGGUCGUAA